AUGGCGCUUGAAAGUGCCGAGGCGCUCCUCCUUCUCUCCAACAACAUGCUUCUGCUUGGUCCGCUCGUCGUCUCGCUCGGUGCCAUGGUGCUGCGCGCAUCGCUGUGCUCCCAAGUCGUGCUGCUCCACUGCGACGCCGACAAUAUGACCAGAGUGUCACUUCACGCACCAUCGACAGCACCUCGUUCGAUGGCGACCGACGCCGACGCCUCAGGCCUCCUCUUUGUCGUCGCAGUCUCGAGCAACCUCCUCGUCCUCGGUCCGCUCGUCGUCUCGCUUGGUAUGAUGGUCCUCCGCGCGUCCAUGUGCUCGCAAGUCGUCUUGCUCCAGUACGACGCCGACAACAUUGUCUAG